AUGUACAAAGCUCCCCAGCGUCCACCCCCCUUGCCCCAGGUGGUCCUGGUGGAGGGCAGCGAGCGCCUGGGAGGCUGGAUCCGCUCUGUGCGGGGGCCUGGUGGUGCCGUCUUCGAACUUGGGCCUCGAGGAAUUCGGCCUGCGGGAGCGCUGGGAGCCCGGACCCUGCUCAUGGUUUCUGAACUUGGCUUGGACUCAGAAGUGUUACCUGUCCGCGGAGACCAUCCAGCUGCCCAGAACAGGUUCCUGUAUGUAGACGGUGCCCUGCAUGCCCUGCCCUCUGGCAUCAGCGGGCUACUCCGUCCUUCGCCUCCCUUCUCCAGACCUCUGUUUUGGGCUGGGCUGAGGGACCUGACCACACCCCAGGGCAAAGACACUGACGAGACUGUGCACAGUUUUGCCGAGCGCCGCCUUGGACCUGAGGUGGCGUCUCUAGCCAUGGACAGCCUCUGCCGUGGAGUGUUUGCAGGCAACAGCCGUGAGCUCAGUGUACGGUCCUGCUUUCCCAGUCUCUUUCAAGCUGAGCAAACCCAUCGUUCCAUAUUACUGGGGCUGCUCCUGGGGGCAGGGCGGACCUCAUGGCCAGACUCAGCUCUCAUUCGGCAGGCCCGAGCUGAACGCUGGAGUCAGUGGUCACUCCGAGGAGGCCUGGAGAUGUUGCCCCAGGCGCUUAACACUCACCUGACCAGUAGGGAGGUCACUGUUCUCAGAGGCCAGCCGGUCUGUGGGCUCAGCCUCCAGGCAGGACGCUGGAAGGUGUCUCUAGGGGACAGCUGCUUGGAGGCUGACCAUGUUAUUAGUGCUCUUCCAGCUUCAGUGCUCAGCAAGCUGCUCCCUGCUGAGGCUGCACCUCUGGCUCGUGUCUUGAGCACCAUCACUGCUGUGUCUGUGGCUGUGGUGAAUCUGCAGUACCAAGGAGCCCGUCUGCCUGUCCAGGGAUUUGGACAUUUGGUGCCAUCUUCAGAAGACCCAGGCAUCCUGGGAAUCGUGUACGACUCCGUUGCUUUCCCUGAGCAGGAUGGGAGCCCCCCUGGCCUCAGAGUGACUGUGAUGCUAGGAGGUUCCUGGUUACAGACGCUGGAAGCCAGAGGCUGUGUCUUAUCUCAGGAACUGUUCCAACAGCGGGCACAGGAAGCAGCUGCCACACAGUUAGGACUAAAGGAGCCACCAAGUCACUGCUUGGUCCAUCUACACAGGAACUGCAUCCCCCAGUACACACUAGGCCACUGGAAAAAACUGGAGUCAGCUACCCAUUUCCUGGCCACUGGCAGGCUUCCCCUGACUCUGGCUGGAGCCUCCUACGAGGGGGUUGCUGUCAAUGACUGUAUAGAGAGCGGGCGCAAGGCAGCAGCCCGGGUCCUGGGCUCAGAACGUGACAGCUGAUGUCCAUACCCACCUCUUGCUCCCCCUGCUGGCCAGGACUCUCACCGUGAAAAUAAAAGUUGCUCUGGAUUGGCUUGA